GAAACAUUCUCUCUCUCUCCUCUCUCUCUCUCUCUCUCUCACUCACUGCUCGCAUAUAGGUUUCUGCUUCUCCACUUCUUCGGUUCCUGUGUUGACUCGGGUCGUCGUCUCUGAACUCUCAACAGCCCCGCACCGAUCGCGAUCUCCGCUGCUCUCGCGAUUCCGGGUACCGCUUUUCAUAGAAGCUUCAAACAAGUAGGCGAUGACGGACUCGGAGUUGGAUAACAUGCUGGAGGAUGCUAGCUUCUCGAGCGAUAUGGCGAGCGAUAUGGAAGACGAUUCUGAUGGAAGUGGUGAUUGGAUCAUAGUCAACCAAAUGGAGUCCUUGGACCUGAAUGGUGGCGUGAUAAGUGAUUGGGAAUUAUCCUCUGACGAGUCGAUUGGACAAGAAAUGCAGUCCUUGCGUCUCAAUGAUGUGCUACAAAUUGAUGGUCCUGAACGCAUCAUUCAUCAAGAUUCGAAUCGUGUUGCAGAAUUCAUCCGAAGGUUAAGGCAGACCAGGGGAACUUGCAUUGAAGAGGUCGUAAGGGAGCAUGUUCUCCCUUUGCUUCCCGCCAAAUCGCUCUGCAGAUUCAGAGCUGUUUGUAGAGGAUGGAAUCAAUGGAUUUUGAAUCCCUUUUUAGCCCACAAGCAAACUAUGCAGUUCCAACGCAUCUCUGGCUUCUUUUGCCAGAAACCUGGUUAUGAUUGCUACUUCAUUCCUCUGGACCCAGAGACACAUGGCAUGCCAGAUCCAUAUCUCACCUUCAUGCCCAUACUCGUCAAUAUCCGCUCCAUUUUCAGUGGCUUGCUUUGUGUCCAAGGAGUCGAUGACGCCUAUUAUAUUUGCAACCCUGUGUCGAAGAAUUGGAAAAUGCUUCCGAAUCCGAGUUACUAUCAUGGGCAUGGAACAGCGGUUGCCCUUGCCUUUGAGCCCUCGAUGUUCAACUUCAGCGUAAAUUUUGAGCUAGUUUGUGCAGUUCCACUUACUGAUUCGGGAUUUGUAGUAUUUGAGAUUUUCUCAUCAAGGUCGAGGUCUUGGAGGGCCUCGGACGACAUCUGCUUUGAGCUGGCGAAUGCAACAUUUGUUGGCGAUGGAUACUAUUGGGAUGGAUCUGUUUAUUGGGUGGUUGACUGCGGGGUAAUACUGGUCUUCAAUUUGAAGAUUGAGCGUUACAGUAUCAUGCAAUUACCUGAUGGAAGCGGUACUAAUGGUACUCUGACCGAGAUGCAAGGGGAGUUGCGUUAUAUUGUGGUCCUCAAAGAAGGCUCUGAUCUUGCUAUACACAUAUACGGGGGAGUGGAUAUGAGCUCGAGACAUAGGAUCUGCAUCCCAGGGGCAUGUUCAGGAAACAUUCCGAGGCAAGUUCGGCUUAUGGGUUGUGUUGACGGGGAUGUCCUCCUAAUGUGCAUAGGAAAUGUCGUGAUAUCACAUCGUAUCUCCACAGGAGAAGCCCGGAUGUUGGGUGCGGACCGGAUGCGUGGAGAAUGCACGGCGGUGAGGUAUCUGCCGUAUGUGAACAGCCUGGUACAUGUGAACGAGCUCUCCGAGCCCUGUGAAGAUAUGGAGAGCAUGGACUUCUAGGCACAUGUCCUCUUUUCGUGUUUUCUCUUCCUUAAUAGUAUCACGGGCCGAGACACGAUAAUUCGGACUAUGACAUUAGCUGGUACUCGUUUCUGGUGCUUUAAGACCCGUUUAAAUUUCUGUAGAGUUUGGUUUCGGGGAUUCCACUCGGGAUUAUGUAGAGAAUUUCAAACUUUGUCGAUGCGUCUGCCGAUAACUUCAGUUCUCUGAUGCAUGUUUCAGGGAAUGAUCUUAAUGGUUGAUACCAUCUUUCUGUGUAA